CGAUAAUAAAUCAUAUAAUUAUUUUCGCAAAAGUAAAAAUUGUGUUAUAAUUAAAGUGUAUCACAUGUAAUAUAGCCUUUUAAAAUCAUGCAACAUAAGCCUAAUUAUCUAUAAUUAUUAUAAUGAACUUUCAUAUAUAACUUAAUAAAUUACAUCGUCGACAUGUAAAAAACUAUGAGUAAUAGUGAUUAUGAUUAAUAAAUCAUAAGUAAUGGAAGCUAAAAGAGGUUAACUGAUAUACGGAGGAAACGUGCCGAUAAUCAUGCUAUUAAAAUAAUCCUUGUGACAUGUGAUAAUUUCAAGAAAAUUCCCUUAUUAUUUAUCAAUACUUCCUUCUACCUUAAUUGUGAAAAAAAAAGAUACAUUCGAAAUAAUACCAUGGAUUAUGUGAAAUAUGUUUGACAAAUAAAUAUUAUAAUUAUACAUUGAUAAUAAUUUAAUACUAUUUUCAUGCAAGUGAAUUAAGACAAAAUGUGCAUUGACAAGGUGUUACUAAAAAUGUAAAUGAAAAUUUGUAAAGCGUACAAAGAAUUGUAUUUAAGAUUCAUAGUGAGAAUCAAUGUAAUUAUUAUUUCAUAGAUAUUUAAUUUAGGCGUGAUCAAGAAAAAAUGGAAAAUAUACUGAUAAGCUGGUUGAACAAGAUAUUAUUGUUAUUUUGUAUAACAAGCAUUUUGUUGUGUUUAAUUAUUCAACAAUGGGUUGAAGUUACACCAAUACCUAUAUAUAUUUCACUUUCAUGGACUACAUUUGUCAUGAUCAUGUCAAUAUGGCUUAGCUGCAUUUUACUUAGAUUUACUUUAAAAAGAACUGUGCCAAUUAAUAUAGAAUUUAUUAAGAAAUGGAUUUAUAAAAGACUACCAAAAUAUUUAGAAUUGGAAUAUAUGGACACAGAAGAAAAAGCAAAGAUGUCCAAAUUUGAAAGUGCAUGUAAUAACGAAGUACAUGUAAAAACUACAGAGAUUCAUUACAGAGAUUUUUUAACAAAACAAAACAUUGUAUAUGUUGAAAACAUUAUAAAAAAAAUUAAUAUUGACUGUAUAGAUGUUUGGUAUAAAAAUAUAAGUAUCGAUAAAGCAUUUCCUAAUGAGGCUGAGACAUUAUUAAAAAUGUUAUUAAUGAAAAUAUUCCAAAAAGCUAAGUCAAUAGAUAAAUUAAAGCUUGCUAAUAAACUGGCCGAUGUAGUAUUAUUACAUUUAAAAGAAUAUCGCAGAGCAUUGCGUAGAGUUGAAAAGGGUACUUGUACAAAUCUAGAAGAAGCAUACAGAUGUUUACAUCCUGGUUCCCGAAGUUUACUGACUUUGGAACAUAUAUUUCAUCGUUUGGUUAGCGUUUUAACUCAAGAAUUUUUGCAGUGGGAAUUGACUAGUUCCCUACCUUGUAAAUUAUUAGUAUCUAUUUUAGCUAGAAAACUUUUGACAAUGGUCCAAACGAUUAGUUGUCCUAAUUGGAUGUUUGAAAGUUUAUUAAAAUUACUACAAAGUACGCCAAAAGAAACAAGCAAAGAGUGGACAAAAAAUGAUGACAUUAUUUCUAUAGGAUUGAGCGAUGGUAUAACAUCUGCAGUGGCUACAGUAAUUCCAUGUCCACUGCAGCCUGCACUUUCUAAUAAAUCGAUGACAAGAUUAGUGCAAGAAAAUCAAAAUUCAUCAUCGUCGAUCGAUCUUGAAAAGCGGUCUUUAAGUUUGGAAGGUUUAAAAGUACAGCAUAGGGGUCUUUGGGGAGACAUAAACAUAUCAGAGGUGGACUCAGAGAUCGAUAAUAACAAAAUAUCACCGAUAUAUGAAGAACCAACAGAUUUUGCCACAACUAUUGCAAGACUAAGAAAUUUGUUACAACAAAAGUCUACUGCAACUACACCAUUACGUACAGAGGAAAAAUCUUAUGUAAUAUAUGAAGGUAAUCAAUUUAUAAACUUAUGCAUACCGUGGACAGAAUUUCAUACGACAAUCGAUGGUUCACAGCAAUUAUUAUAUUGCAUUCAAUUUGAUGAUGUCGAGCAACGUGGCGUAGAUUUGUUUGAAACUACAACUGCCACAGUUAAAAGACAACACUCUGAUUUUGUCCAAUUACAUACUUCUUUAGAAGAGAUACCAUCAAUAGCUAAUAUUAUGUCAGAAAUAGAAUUACCAGAAGGUGGACGCAUUGAAAUGGAAACUUAUUUAAGAAAUCUUUGUACACGUUUAGCCAAUGAAUGUCCAACUCAAUUGCGACAUUUUUUGCGACCAAAUAGUAAUGCAGGAAAAAAGGCAGAUAUAGUUGCACCACGGUUUGAUAGAAUUUUAGCUAAAACAGUCAGUGGGGUAUUUAACACUUUAAAAACAGUUGUGCCUAAAUUUGAGUUGGAUUCGGAAGAAGAAGUUAUGCCAUUGCCAACAUUAAUACCCUUAUCCGAUAUACCAUGGAGAUUCGUAGAAGAUAUUAAGUCAAAAAAUUUAGCAUAUGAAUUACAGCAGUUGGUGGCCGAUAGGAUUUAUUAUUGUUCCGUGGAUACAGCAUACGAAGCAGUUGAUAGUAUGGAAGGCAGUGGAGAUUCUGAGUUAAUGGCACAUUGGUGGGACAUAGUUAACACUUCUUACGAUGAAGAAACAGAAGAAUUAGAUUCUAAAUUAUCUUUAACUUGUGUUGUUAUCGAUUUAAUUUGCGAAGUAUUGACUGGUAUUGGAAGUAACAAUGUGUUACAACAAGAAGCUGUUGUUCGAUGGGCUAAAUUAUUAUUUGGAAAUAUAACUGAACCCCUUAUAGAGAAAAUGAUUAUGAGGCUAUCAGACAGUUUAAGCAAUAUGUCCUUUACAUAUAAUUCACAAAGUAACGUCACAACAGAAUCUGCUUUACUUACAAAGGAUAAAAUAUUUGAAAUAUUAAAACAGAUAAUACCGUGUGAUAUGAAACUUAUUUUUGGAGAGGAAGAUACACUGAAGAUUUUUAAAUAUUUACUUACUUCAUAUGAGAUAAGAAAAAUUAAUCUGGAUUUAAAUAUGCACAUUUUAGAUGUUUUGAUGUCACAAUUACUGAUUUCCUGUAGAACAAAUCAUGAUGCAUGUUAAUUGUUGCAUUUUCUGUAACUUGGUAAAACCGGAGUUUAAAAAAGUAUAAGAAAAAAUACACAUAUUUAAACAAUGUAUAAUUCAUGGAAAAAAAAUGAAAAACUGUGUACCUGAUCAUGUAUUUGCAAUAAGAAAUGCCAAGUAUUUAUUUAGUACUAUUUCGUGCAGAGUAGCAGAUAAUAAGGAUUAUGUAUAAUCUGUAAAUCAGUAUAUAUCUCUCUGUAUCAGUGUUUUAUAAUAUAAAUAUUUAAUGAACCAUC